UAUUACUCUCUUUUUGUCGAACUCGUCUGUUAAAAACAAAUUCGAUCGUUGAUUGAUUCGAUUUAGCGGCGAUGUCUCUCAGACCUAGCGCGAAGACGGAGGUACGACGGAAUCGGUACAAAGUUGCGGUCGAUGCGGAUGAAGGACGGCGGAGGCGAGAGGAUAACAUGGUUGAGAUCAGGAAGAACAAGAGAGAAGAAAAUUUGCAGAAGAAGCGGCGCGAAGGAGUCGCGGCUUCUUUUGGCUCAGCCGCCUCACAACCGGAACAGGAUCUUUCUUCUGCGAAGCAAUUAAAAGACAAUCUACCAGCUAUGGUUGCUGGAAUCUGGUCAGAGGAUAGCAAUUUACAAUUGGAGGCGACAAAUCUCUUGCGCAAAGUGCUUUCGAUUGAGCAAAAUCCUCCUAUCAAUGAGGUUGUACAAUCUGGUGUUGUUCCUCGUGUUGUGAAGUUUCUUUCCAGGGAUGACAUUCCCAAACUUCAGUUUGAGGCAGCUUGGGCGCUCACCAAUAUUGCUUCAGGGACAUCAGAGAAUACAAGUGUCAUCAUUGAGAGUGGCGCUGUCCCAAUAUUCAUCCAACUUCUCAGCUCUGCAAGUGAAGAUGUCCGCGAACAGGCUGUUUGGGCGUUGGGAAAUGUUGCUGGAGACUCGCCAAAAUGCCGUGACCUUGUCCUAAGCUAUGGUGCUAUGAUGCCUCUUCUGACUCAAUUCAAUGAGAAUACAAAGCUUUCAAUGUUGAGGAAUGCUACAUGGACAUUGUCAAACUUCUGCAGAGGGAAACCUCAGCCUUCAUUUGAACAGACACAACCAGCUUUACCAGUUCUUGAGCGCCUUGUGCAAUCAACAGAUGAAGAAGUCCUUACAGAUGCAUGCUGGGCUCUGUCAUACCUCUCGGAUAAUUCAAACGACAAAAUACAAGCGGUCAUUCAAGCAGGAGUUGUCCCUCGCCUCAUCGGGCUCUUAGCUCAUUCAUCACCAUCAGUGCUGAUUCCCGCUCUUCGUACAAUUGGAAAUAUUGUAACGGGCGAUGAUCAACAGACUCAGAUGGUUCUCGACCAUCAAGCGCUUCCUUGUCUUUUGAACCUUCUAAAAAGCACUUACAAGAAGAGUAUCAAGAAGGAAGCUUGCUGGACUAUCUCUAACAUUACAGCUGGGAAUGCAAAUCAGAUACAAGCAGUGAUUGAAGCAGGUAUAAUCCAGUCUCUUGUUUGGGUGCUUCAAAGUGCAGAAUUCGAAGUAAAAAAAGAAGCUGCUUGGGCAAUCUCAAAUGCCACUUCUGGUGGCAAUCACGAUCAAAUCAAGUUCAUGGUGAACCAAGGCUGUAUCAAACCGUUAUGCGAUCUCCUUACUUGCCCGGAUCUGAAAGUCAUAACGGUUUGCUUGGAAGCGCUAGAGAACAUUCUCGUGGUUGGAGAAUCAGAGAAGAACUUAGGUCACACAGGAGACGAAAACCUCUAUGCUCAGAUGAUUGACGAAGCAGAAGGACUUGAGAAGAUUGAGAAUCUGCAAAGUCACGACAACAAUGAUAUAUAUCAAAGAGCCGUGAAGAUCCUUGAAGCCUUUUGGACGGAAGACAAUGAGGAAGAAGGCAACGAUGAGAAUCAUGCUCCACAAUCUGGUUUCCAGUUCGGAAGCACUAAUGUUCCUCCUGGUCAAUUCAACUUUAUUUGAAAGGUACUAUAAUAGUUGCUUGGACUAAUGUUCCUCCUGGUAAUUGUCACGAAGAAGAAAUGUUCACCUCCUCUUUCUCUCCACGUCCACUUCUCAACUCGUGGAUACGAAGAAACAUUUGUACGUUUUAGGCGUCUUAUUUUUGGAAGUUUUUGUCUCUAUGUUACUACUAAAAAUCAUUUGGGGAAGAGAAACAAUUAUUCUAUGUUGGCCGUUAUUUCCUUUUUUCCAUUAAAGUCCACUUUUUACUCUGUUA